AUUUAUUAGUCAGUGUAGUUAUUUUACUGGUAAGAAGUUUAAAUAUAUGCUGGACAGAUUUAAAAAAGAAUGUAGAAUGUUUAAAUUGGACCGAUCUUCUAUUAGUUUUACGAGGCCAGUAAUUGGUGUUUUUUGUAAUUAAUGGUAUUGCCCAAAGCAUGGUCAUGGCGUGGAGCGAAGUCCUUUCGUUUUUAGUAUUAAUCCUCUUGUGUCAAGGUUACGAGGUCGGAGGAAAUCAAAAUCCCGACACAAAACGAUUUGUAUCAUCAGUAGUUGGUUGUAAUGCAGAACUAAUUUGGGAAUGGCCCGGGAAAGCUACCAGAGCAUCAGUCGCCAAGUCUCAAAACUCACACGAAGAACUAAGGGUGGAAAGUAAUGACAAAUACCGGAUUGAUAGAACCACAGAGAGAGUUACCCUGACUAUGUACAACGUUACAAUGGUGGAUACAGCAGUUUAUAUAAGUAGAUUAGGUUCUGAAAAAAAAGACGUGAAUCUAGCUGUUACGGAUUUUCGAUGGCAAAAUGAGAUAAGGACUAAAUAUGUUCGUGUUGGAGAAGCCAUGACGCUUCUAUGGGCGUUUGUAACUAAAGUCACAGCCAGGACGAUUCGAUUACAUAGAAAGCUUCCUUCAACUAAUGGUGCACCACCGCAAGAUCUUGUUCAGUGGGAAAAUGGUGCCAAGAAAACUCUUAUAGAAGACAACAGAAUGAUGUUUAACUUGGAUAAGGCUGGAAAUGAUGAUAUGUACAGAGUAAAUUUUACUAUACGAGAUACAAAAAUUGAUGAUCUGAAAUAUAUCUACAACAUAGAAGUAAAAUUCAAUGACAAUUGCUUGAAAACCGAAAAACCUGUCGAAUUAAUGGAAGAUUUUGAUUUUAAAUGGCUGCCAUCCCAAAAUUCGGUUAUAUCAACUAUUUACCAGCCCGUGGAAUUAGUUUGGAAAUAUCACAGUUUAAAGUUGGCUAACAAGAUCAUCUUUACUCGGUACUACAAUCUAACCAAGAAGAAAACACAGCUGGGUAUGUGGACCAUUGAAAGGGGUUUUGAAUAUAAAGCGGAUGGAAUAGUAUUCAACAAAUCAAAUACAAACCAAGAAGAAACUAUCAUUAUGACCAUAAAAAUGGUCACAAACAAGGAUUUCGACCAUUUUUACGAGUGUCGGGUUUUCUGUGGUAUUUUGUUUAAUAGUGUGUCAGGAAUUGAACUCCUAGCUGAGUUACCACACAUUUCUAGUGAUAAACGGGUGAUUAAAAGUCGACCAACAGAAAAUAUUACAUUUGUUUGGUCUUUUCGGUAUAAAUUUCCUGUAUUGUGGGUAAUAUUGACUCGUUCUAAUAGAUCAAACGGAGAGGAUAAUCAAAUAGGAUUCAUUUAUAAUAAGACACUGACAGUUAAACUACUAGUUAAUGAUGGAAACAGAAUCCGUGGUAAUGUAACAGAAAAAGAAGAAGACAAUGGUUAUAUAUAUGGGCAGAUAACUCUAUCACUACUCAAUACAACCAAAGAUGACUUCAGUUAUAAAUACUAUGUCUGUCGUAUUGCUUUUAUCGAUAAACAAUCAAGCGAACGUCACAGCAUAAUUCUGGAAGAAAAAGAUGUAGCAAGGCCUGGUGUGACUGAUAAAGAAGAGGAUUCAUUGUCUGCUGGUCACAUAGCAGCCAUAGUGGUUGUUCCGAUAGUUAUAAUCGGCAUAUUUUGCCUGGUUCUAUAUCUGUUAAAAUACCGUACAAAGAAGAAGGAUGGAGAUUUGUUGCCUGUGGGAUUUAUGAAAUAUCCACAUUAUAGAGUGUGGGUAAAGAAUAACAACGAUUUACUUCAUGAAAUACAAAAAGAUACUAAUAAGGUAGCACGUCAGUUUUCGGGUGAUAAUAUUAUAGAUGCCACAACCAGCGAAAGUCUUCAAAAUGUGGCCAAAGCAAGUAAAAGAAAUAGCGCAAUUCAGCUUAUGGACUUGCUUGUUAAACAAGGCGAGAAUGUUCUACCCAAAAUAAUAACAUCUUUAAAAAAGUGUGGACUUAAAACAAUUGGGCAUAAAUUAGAAACAGAUUUUGAAAGAAAUGAGAGGAUGAAGGAUGAAGACUAUAAACUAUGGAGAGAGAAUUACCUUGGAUUGGUGGCAGGCUUAUUAAAUGCCUUGCCAAAAAUAACACCGGAACUCUUGAAAAGACAAAUAAUUGAUUCCAGAGAUUUGGAAGAUUUGGAUAUACAUAGGGCAAUAGGUAAACGCGAAGGUGCCAUAAAACUUGUAAAUAUUUUAUGUCAACGUGGAAGAGACGUUUUGCCCAAGAUCAACUUGGCAUUAGAAGCUUGUGGAUUGCAUAAAAUAGAACGAGCAAAUGUAGAUGGUGAACCAAUGAAAUAUGAUCACUACAUUGUGUGGAUAAAACAUAAAACCUAUCUGAUGGAAAGUUUCAAAGGAAAGCUGUCAGAUAUAACGGAAAAACUGGUGCAAAAUGACAUCUUAGAUGAGGGGAAAAGAACCGAAAUCAUGAAAAUUGUAAUGGAAAAUGAAUCAAAGGGAGCAUAUAAACUUGUCGACAUGGUGUGUAGCUGUGGUGAAUCGGUUUUACCGAAGAUUAUACAAAUUUUAAAUGAUCCAAAUUUAGCUUUAAGCGAGGUUGUAAAGAAAUUAGAAAUGGAUUUACGAAGAACUGGAAGAAUGAAGGAUAAUGACUACCGAGUGUGGGUAAAUAACGGAACGUAUAUAGUAACUAACAUACAUUAUAAUCUUCAUAUUGUAUCUAAAAUGUUGUUAGAAAAACAUAUUAUAGAUGAUGUUGAUAUGAAGGAAUUUGAUUCACACAGACAGAUUGGUAGGCGAUUAGGUGCUGUUAAACUGGUAGAUAUUUUAAGCGAGCGUGGUGAGGAUGUUCUAGGAAAGAUAAUUGAUACAUUCGAGGAAUGUGGCUUUACUAAUGUAGCAGAUGAAUUAAAGAAAGAUUUAUCCCGCCGUGUCAGAAUGAUUGACUGGCACUAUAAAAUAUGGGUAAAGAACAAAAGUUAUUUGACCGACAACAUGAAAGACAGCCUGCCGUGUUUAACACGCGAGCUAUAUAAAGCUGAAAUUAUUGAUAUGGUUGAUUGGGAACAAACUGAGAAUGCCGCAAAGGAAAAAAUGGAGAAUGGAGCCGAAAAACUUGAAAAUAUAUUAUGUAACCGUGGUGAAAACGUCUUGCCUGGAAUAUUAUUAGUAUUUAACAGGUGUGGCCUUUUCGACGUGGUGGAGAGGCUUAAAAAGGAUAUAAACAGACGUGAACGAAUGAACUAUAUUCACUUUAAAAUAUGGAACAAAAACAAGGAUACUUUAAUAACCAAUUUCAGAAACAAGCACGCGAUGUUAAUAGAAGAGUUGAAGAAUAGCGAAAUUAUUGAUGAAGAUGACGUCACCGAACUUCGUCCAAAAGAAGAAUCUGGUUGCGCUAAAAAACUGGUGGACAUGUUGGAUAAACGUGGUAAAGAUGCUUUACCGGAAAUAAUAAAAGUACUGGAAAUAUGUGGUCUGACAGAAGUAGCGACUAAAUUAACAACAGAUAUAUCUCGUUUAGAAAAGAUGGAGCCAAAGCACUAUGAAAUAUGGGAAGAGCGCUAUAAUUACUUGGUGGAGCAUUUCAAAAACAAUCUGGACAGAUUAACAGCCGCACUCAACGCUGCUUACAAUAUCAUAGAUGACGAGGAUCUUGAUAACAUCCUGAACGGAAGUAAAGAAGAUGGCGCUAUAAAACUUAUUGAUAUUCUGGGUUAUCGUGGCAAGGAUAUCUUACCCAAAAUAAUAGAAGUAUUAAAAUCAUGUGGUUUGUUUGAAGUAGCUGUUGAACUAGAAACAGAUUUGUCAACAGAUGAUAAUAAUCGUAGAGCCGAGGUCACAGAGAAUACUCCACUUAUGGAUACGGACACACACCAUGUCACCUUUAAUAUACAACAAGAAACUAAUAAAUUAUAAAACAUACUUAUGGAAGAACAAUUACUAAUUCAUUUGGGCAACGUUUCGAACAGUAUUCUUUCCAGGUUACCAAGCGUUAUCAAGUAUGUGUUAUGGCAUUAGCCAUAGUCUGAAACAUCUCCCAAAUAAAUUAGCUGUUUUCCAUAAGUAUAUGUUAUAGUUUCUUUCUCUAUCCAGUUACUAAAUGCCUCUAAAGGAUUACGACACUGCUACUGGGUUGGUGUUAACCAAUCGCGACAUCGUAUAUCGGAGCAGUGUAAAAUUACGAACUAAUAAAUAUAUCCUUAGUUGGUAAAGAUCAAUCUCGACAUGGCACAUCUGGACUGUGUAAUAAAAUCGUAUGCAGGAUUUUGCAAGGUGCUAUAAUACUCUCAGAAUAAAUAGCGUAAUAUAUAUCAAUACGUCUUAAAUUAUCAACACCACGGGUCUGAAUUAUCAACCAUCUUGUGACCUGCCAGAUGGAUAAAUCAUUAGUUGAAAUAAUUUUAAUAGAAAAUUCGUAUUUAACAUUUUAACAUUAUUGUCUUAUUUAUAAUUUUAAUAGAAGCAUCUUUUUUUAACAUUUUUUUUGUCUUGAAUAUAAUUUUAAUAGAAGCAUCUUAUUUAAAUUUUAACAUUAUUUAUUUCGAGCCAUCGAUAUAGUAAAUGAAAGUCGGUCGAUUAACUGUUUUUAGUUUCUUUAAUUUUUUUUAUCUUAAAUUGUCACAAAUUUAUUUAAUAUUAAAGUAUUUAAAAAAAAGUAUUAAAUAAUAUUGAUCCGAUGAGGAUAGGUCAGACUCCAUGAUUACAUAUUUAUUUCGUGCCAUAGACGGAAUAAUUUCUUUAUUUAUUAUCUUAAAUUGAGCCAAAUAUAUGUUUGUUAGUUUACAAUCUUAUUAUUUAUGCAAAUAUUAAAGAGUUUAUUGAUUAUUAUAAAUGAACUAUUUUACUGUUACAUUGUGUGUCAUUUUGUACUGCGAUGAAUUUUGGUGAUUUUGUAAAUGGUUGAAUAUAAAAUAUGUUACAAAGAA